GCUGUGGAGCGUUUAGUCGGCUUGUAACGAUUGAUGUCAAGCGAGGCUCGGAUGGAGACUACAACCAUUUUUAUUUCGUGAUAUUUUCCACGAGAAGGAAAAUUUGGAGCAUUUGGUUGCUGAUGUUGGAUGCUUUUUCUCUCUGGUUGCUGAAGGAGGAGAUACUGAGGAGAGACGAUGCCAGUUCCCCCACCGCCAGCUCCUCCACCACCCCCAACCUUGGCUCUGGCCAACAUAGAGAAGCCCACCCUGAACAAGUCUGAGCAGCUGGGAAGAAAUGCAUUACUGUCUGAUAUUUCCAAAGAAGCUCGACUCAAGAAGACUGUUACCAAUGACCGCAGUGCACCGGUACUUGAACAGCCCAAAGGUGGUGGUGGUGGUGGUGGUGGAGGAGGAGGAGCAGGAGGAGGAAGUGGUGGUUCUGGUGGUGGUGGUAGCUUUGGAGGUGGAGCUCCUGCAGGUUUAGGUGGCCUGUUUCAGGAUGGCAUGCCAAAGCUGCGGUCCACCAGAGAUGACUCUGGUAAUACUAGACCCCCCUGCCUUCCUCCAGGUGCCCGUAGUUCUGGUCCUCGGCCAUUUGGGGGUGGCACAGGCCCUUCCCCACGUUUUCCUGGGCCUCGUAAUGGCUCCUCGGACUCUCCCCGGCCCCGAUUGACCCCUCCUCGAUCUGAAACCCCAGGAGGACCGCCUCCGCCUGUUCCUAACACACCACGACCUCAUCAGAGUAACUUACAGUGUAGAGGACCACCUCCUCUGCCUGGUGGAGCCCGCUCUCUGAGCUCCUCACCUGCGCCCCCUCCUCCCAACCCUCCUGUACGGCAAGCCAUGCCCCCACCAGUGCCAGGUGGACGUCCCCAAUCCAGUCCUGCAGCUCCACACCCUGUGCCUUAUUCAGGUCGACCACCUCUUCCACCAGCUCCUAGUCGAGGUGAAGACCGGCCACCGCCUGUUCCACCUGGCAGCCGGCCAUCUAUGCCUCUUCCAAGGGACAGCCCACCUCCUCCCCCUCCUCCUUCUGCCAACAGUAAGCCACCUCCCCUUUUGUCUCGUGGUUCUGUAAGCUCUGCCCCGCCACUGCCACCCGGACGACCAACCAAGCCUAACGAGGAGCACACACCUCGGCUUCCUCAGAGGCAUGUAUCACUCACCUCACAUGCCCCCUCCCCUCCUCCACCAGGUCGGUCUGGUCCCCUUCCUCCACCUCCAUCUGAAAGACCUCCCCCUUUGGGUCGGAACUCAUCUGGACGAACAGGUCCCCUCCCACCUCCACCACCAUCUGGUCGACCAGGCAGUGGGAGUGUACGGUCAUCAGGAGCCCCACCUCCUCCAAACAGAGUAGGAUCGGACCCUCCUCGUGGCAGCAACAGACCGCCACCCCCACCAGACAGGCCCACUUCUGGAGGUCCUCCACCUCCGCCUCCUCCAAUGGGCAACGGUUACCACAGUCAGUCACAAAAUGCAGAUGAGUGGGAAAUGCGCUUCAGCUUCCGGCCUGUGUCAGAUUUCCCACCCCCAGAUCCUUAUAUUCCCUUUCAAAAGACAUAUCCCAGCAAACUAGCCAGAAGUGAUGGCAGAGGUUCAGGAAAAAAGGAGAGAGGUGCUCCCCCCUUGCCCCCUAUUCCCAGAUAAAUGAAGUAGACUGGCUGCUCAGGGAUACCAUGCUUCUUUCUCAAUAUGUGCUAUUCAUUUUGCUUUAAACAUUUAUUUUGCAUGUUGAGCACUUAAGUGCUGGUUUUUGAAAAUAUUAUACAUGUUUACGUUAAGGCCAUAUAAACUGUUUCAGGUGCCAACACCACACAGUGCCUACCAUGUUCACAACGCUGGGCCAGAGUUUACUUUUACAUUCUUCCUUCAUGAUUAAAGGGUGGGUAGGAGCACACUUUUCAUAUGGGAACUUGAUCCUGUAUGACCAGCAGAGUUUCUUUACUCUGUAGCUUUGACCAACUGUGUAAAUCAGGUAAUUAACUGAAGGGUUAUAUCAGAGCCAGAGAAUCCACUUCUGGCUUAAAUCAUGUUGUAAAGGACCAGGCAUUACCAUUCUGACAUGUGCCCAAGCCACUGUUCUUCCACUUUCUCAUUACCUUCUCAUUUCUCAUGCUGGCAUGGCAAGUUUUAUGCAUCAAGUUUAGUUUUGAUUGUUGGAAACACUUGAUAUGUAGCUGCUGGGAUAAUAAUCAUGUUGCUGACUGGUAACAUGUGUGCAAGUGUAUUUUGUAGUAUUUUUGUAGUCAUUCAGCAAUACCACCAUGCUAAAACAAUUAGUACCCAACUACAACCAAUAACAGUUGUAAUUGUGAAUGGAAAAAUAAGAGCUUGUUUUUUUUUAGAGCUUACAGUGAAACCUGAGUCCAAAAGAGUUAUUAUUUAGUGAAAAUUACUGUGAGCAAAAGGAAUACACCUUUGACAGAUUGAGUGUCAUUCACUCACAUCUAGGUGCACUCCACCUUCUCUAUAUGGAAGGUCUGAGAAGACUGGCGUGCCUAGAAGGAAACUUCACAUACAGGUUUUUCAAAACCAGGUUUCUAGGGUUUAUUUUUUGUGCGGUACCCUCGCUACCUGCUGCACAACCAUGUAAACAAAGUAGAUGGAUCACAAAGAAGUACGUUAGUUAGAUAUUUCAAUAUUGCUUAAUUUAGUCUUAAACUUCCUCCCCUUUGUGGACAGAUUAGGUGGGGGGAGGGUUAUACAGGUAAAGUUUACAUUUAUUUUCAGGGAUUUCUGCAACUGCCCUUUUACUAUGAUUGAAGGAUUAACAUAAGCUAAUUUUUUGUUAUUGAAUAUAAUUGACUGUAGAUGCUUACUAGUGUGUUCAAACAAAUAAAGCCUACUUUGACUCCACCAAAUGAAAAUUGCACAGAUUGGUGGUCUCUCCCAAGGUUUUAAAAGAAACUUGAGAUGUAUGCUGAGACGUUAUCCAAAAAACACCAGAAAUAGGUCUGCCAUGAAUUAAAAGCAUAUAAAGCAGUAACAGAUAUUAACAGUAGUAAAAUCAAUGUCAGCUAAUUUCUAAAAGUGAAAAUAAACUGUUGGCCAGGGCAGGGUUGAAUGUUUUCUGGCAGAUUACAAUAAACGUAGUACUGAGUAUCUGAAGUUGGGUGUAGAAUAUAUUGAAAUCUUAAAGAAGGAUGUGCCUUAUGAGUUUCUUUAUGCUUCAAAAAUAGAAGAUUUGAUCACAGAGUGCCUAGGCAGGUUUGUCUUGUUUAUUUUUAAAAUGUUGGUUUAUGUUUACUAGAAUAUUUGUUCAGUUCAGUAUUAAGCCUGUUAUAUAUUUCACAAGAUGUGUGUUGUGUUAAAAAGGUGCACUUUUUGCCUUGUUUGCUGAUAUACGUAGAUUACAUACAGUAUACUCAUAUCACACCAUUAUUGGUACUCUUGCCAUACUUAGAUAACUUGCAUACUUGCCAUUUUAGAUGAAUGUCUAAAAUAAGAUGAUGUGUAGUAUCUUGGUCUAGACUAAUAUUUCUUCUGUCAAUAAAAUACAUUUUAGAGGAAAUGUAAUAAUAAAAAUAGGCAGAAAUAUGGAUCACUUCCAAGGAUGCAAACUCAUAUUCUUUCAGAAGUGACUGAUGAAAGACAAGGUACAUUAAAAUAAAUCAUAUUUUUGACAGAUCCUGUGGUCUGGACUGCAAGAAUCUUUAUAAAUAGUGUUUUAAAUAUCAGCAGAUAUGCACAAAAAUGUAUCGGAUGACUAAGUAUGACCAGAAAACAAGCUGAGCCUUUACGUUCAGCUUACAGUACUUAGGAAGUGAAGGUCUAUGCAAAUUUAGGGCAGGUCAAGGAUUUUGCCAUUUAUAGAUAAUUGUUUUGAUGCAUGCUUGUUAUCUAUGUAUCUUAAGGAUGUCACUGGGACAGGCACUUACAGUGGUACUUCCUUCUCUGUGCGCAUGCACCAGAGGAGUUUCUUCUUACUUUAUUCCAUUGUUUGAUUUGUAAUCCUUGUUUCCUUUGUUUAUUGGUCUUUCCUCUUGUGACUUUUUGUAUGUAACAAAUAUGUCAGAAGUUUUCUAAAUAAAUGAUGAACCAAAACUUGGUCUGA